AAGACACUCUUGUUUGCUCCCUGACAACCCUAGCGGGGGUGCGCUGGCUGCAGCCCCGGCUCCGGCCCCCGCGGGAGCAGCACCCAUCCGGGAAAGGCGUCUCUGUUCCCACCAAGUUGGCAAGGCCGCUUCCUGAGACUCCAGGGCGCCUAAACCACCAGCGCCAGCAUCUCCUGAAAGCCCACUCUCCCCUGCCAAGGCCACGGUGGAAGGAACAUGGGCGAGACCGAGGGAAAGAAAGACGAGGCAGAUUACAAGCGCCUGCAGACCUUCCCUCUGGUCAGGCACUCGGACAUGCCAGAGGAGAUGCGAGUGGAAACCAUGGAGCUAUGUGUCACAGCCUGUGAGAAAUACUCCAACAACAAUGAGAGCGCCGCCAAGAUGAUCAAAGAGACCAUGGACAAGAAGUUUGGCUCCUCCUGGCACGUGGUGAUCGGUGAAGGCUUCGGGUUUGAGAUCACCCACGAGGUGAAGAACCUCCUCUACCUGUACUUUGGGGGCACGCUGGCCGUGUGUGUGUGGAAGUGCUCCUGACACCACCCCCCGCGGGGCCUUCCCCUGCCUGCCUCUCUCCGGGGACGGGGUCCCGGCUCCCCCCGGGAGCGCGGGGGCUCUCUCCUUCUGUCCUGUGUAGUACCAGUUUCCCGAGCCGCGCCCUGUGUGUGCGUCUGUCCCCGUCCCUCCGCCCCGUCCCAGCCCGGCCGUGGACGGGCAGAGGCUCGCGUCUCUCCGUCGGGGCGGGGCGGGCACAUCCGACAGGGUGAAGGGCGUCCCAGCUCCCCCCGGGCCCGGAGCCCCCUGCCCUGGUGUCCCCAGCCCCGCUGGGAAGUGUCCGCUGUGCUUGUCUUUAGUGGCCACAUGGAAAUGGCCCCCCCGGAAGGAAUCUCUCCUCACAAGAAACACUCGCAGCUUCUCUCCUUGUCCUGGGGGUGGGGUGGGGGGGACGUGGUGACUGCCCCGCCCCACCCCGCCCCCACCAGGCUGCCCUCAGCGUGACCCCAGGCUGAGCAAGCUGCAGCAGCAGCAUCUCAUCCAAGCAAUGGCUCCUCAGCCCCGGCUGCCGCCCGGCCCUUUCUCGCUGCCUGGAGCAGGGCCCAGCCGUCUAGUGAGAGCUGAGCUGGGGGUGCUGGGGUGCGGAGGCGGGGAGCCCCGGGAGCCCCCGGAGCCCCGGCCCCUCCAGCAGGAACCUGGCCUGCAGUGGCCCAUCAGGGACCGCAUGCUAAUUUGUACUUCUCUCCCCGCUGGCUUUUCUAUAUUCUUUUUUUGAGUAUAGGGAGAAGGGUUUUAGUAGAAGGGUGAAUCAUAUUUUACACAGUGGUCUUAUUUAUAUACAUGUCUUGGUUUUUUACAAUUAAAACUGAC